GUGGGACAGUUUGGACAUUUUCUAAGCACAUGGAAUACGAUACAUUGUUCCACAUACCGAUUAAAACAUUUGGAGCGACCUUGGCAUUGCAUUUGUGUCCAUCUCCGAACUCCAAUGGUGGUUGGUGACACUGUUUCAGCAGAGCGGGUGGAAGAAGUUAUUUAUUGUGGUUCGGCUUUGUAAUCACCGUAAUGGUUUUUUCGACCGCAGUUCAAUCUUCUCCACUAUUUCGAAUCCCUCGCUCUACUAUUCCUCUACCCAAAUCCGCUCUUCGACUUCGUGAUCCACGAAUCAUCGUCCUUCCUCAGCAGGCUUCAAGAUCACGUGUCCCCAAUUUCCCUCAGGACGACAGUAAUUUGGUCGAUGAUCCUGGCAAAUGGAGACGCGCUAUCAAUUCGGCACGCGGUGGCAUCGACGAUGACGAGGACGACGGCAACGACGAUGACGAAGAAGAGAGAAGUUUGGAUCUAUUGGUAAGGUUUCUUCGCAAUAUGUUCCAAAAGGUGUCAAAGAGAGCUAGAACGGCAGUUCGGUCUGUUCUUCCUCAAGCCAUUUCGACGAAGCUGGUGGGAUUUUCUGUAAAUGGUGUCCUUGUGCUGGCAUUCUUGUGGAUUUUUAAGGCAUUUCUUGAGGUGGUAUGCACAUUUGGAAGUGCAGUGUUUGUGAGCAUCCUGUUAAUCCGGGGGGUGUGGUCUGGUGUCACUUAUCUACAAGAAAGCCGAAGCCAAAAAAUGAACGGCCUUGAUGAAGAGUUCCACACUUGGAAUGGUGUGCAGCCUGUUACUUGACUCGUUUAGAGAACCAUUUUCCAUUGUUGGAUGGUUUACAGCCUGCGACUUGAAUGAAGAAUAAUAUCUUCCUUUAGAGAAAAAGGAACUUAGAACUGAUGAAUAUUAGAGAAACUACAAACAUAAGGCAGUAGUGGAAGCAACCGUGGCAGCAAUUCUGACUGACUGACAAUGAAUCCGGAAAGCACCUGAACGAGAAUCUUCUGCAUUUUUUCUACAGACUGUGUAAACAUAUCAUGAAAUCCCUUUUCUCCCACUUCCCACCUGGGAACACAUCGAUUGAUCUCCCCAAUUUAAAUUAUGAAAAUGUUCACGAGUACAUUAGUAUCUUGUUUUAUUUUUGUUGGGGACAUUUAAAUUCAUACCCAAUUAAGAGCAAGUAGAGUUGACAUUAUAUUUCCUGUUUUAA